AUGCCUGUUUGGCUCUGCCGCAAGCUACCGAGGAGCUGCAAGAGUCAGCCAGGUCAAAAUUCCACCCAUGAGCAAGCCCUUGACCACCAGGAGCAACAAUGGGCCAACCGGGCUUGGUACGGCAUCAAAGAAUUGGAGCCUUACCUGGCCGCUUCCGAUGCCUUGCAGUGUUUUGGUAACUUCGCCCAACUCUUGGUUAAAGGAGGCAUAGUGUGCAAGCUGAACGGCCCGUAUCGAUUCACCACGCACAUCGAGCCUGAGGACCCCAGUAUUGAGCCAAACAAGUACCAGAGGGGGGAGGAGAAGAUUGCCGAGCUCGUGUUCAAGUAUAGGCUACUCCCCCAGGCCUUAAAGCCCAUCAUGGAUGAAGAUCCUCGAGCUUUAAUGACUCUAAUUGGCCUCAGUCCCCUCCAAAAAUGGACUGUUGCGAAAAGACUGGGCAGGAUGCUAGAGGAGGAGAAUGCAAUGAACAGUCAGAACUUCCCAUCCAACCCAUCGAAAAUCACCGUCCCAAGUGGUUCGCCUUCCAAGAAAGCAGCCAAGGACACCAAAAACAUUCGGAAAUGGUGGAAAAAGGCACAACCCAAGUCUACCAGGAAAGGCAGAAUAUCAUCCUUCGAGAGGCGAGCAGAUUUAGACGACGAAGAGGGUGUGGGUCUUGUUGUGGCGUACAUUAUCAGGCAGGCCUUUGGGGACCUGUUGGACUUCUUGGAUGAUGAUCCCUCCUACGGGCUUGACCCUGACAAGGAUGACAUCCCAAGAAACUUCCUCUCUGACACAACUGAGUGGAAGAAGUAUCCCGCAAUCUUCAAGGGCGACUUGCCUGUCAGCAUCCAAGAAGCCAAUUUUUAUGCUGCUCGGAAAAUCCUGCAUCCGAGCAAGGAUGGUAAGAAUUGA